GAUUAUAUUUACAUCUUAAAAGAAGUUAUUUCACAGGGUUUUACGGCUAGCAAAUAUUUUAAAAAACUAGAAUAUCAAUUUUCUCAAAAAAAUCAAGCUGAAGAGGAUUUGCGGAAAACGUUGAAUGAACUUGCUUCUAUGA